GCAGUUUCGUGACGAUUCACUAUUAAAAAAAAACCCACCCGCAUGCUAUUCAAAGUCGUGGUGUGGACUUGUGGAUUCCAUUUCACCACAAUUUCCAGUUUUCUAAUUCAAUCUUCUUAGUCCUCUCUCUUUUUUGCUUUAUACUCUCGCCUUGCCUAGGGUUUCUGCCUACUUCUAAGGUUAACAGUUCUUAAGUGAUCAUGGGCAAGGAAAAGAUUCACAUCAGUUUGGUGGUUAUUGGCCAUGUCGACUCUGGCAAGUCUACCACUACUGGUCAUUUGAUCUACAAGCUUGGAGGUAUUGACAAGCGCGUGAUUGAAAGAUUCGAGAAGGAAGCUGCUGAGAUGAAUAAGAGAUCCUUCAAAUAUGCCUGGGUGCUUGACAAGCUGAAAGCAGAGCGUGAGCGUGGUAUUACCAUUGACAUUGCUUUAUGGAAGUUUGAGACUAACAAGUACUACUGCACUGUCAUUGACGCUCCUGGACAUCGUGACUUCAUCAAGAACAUGAUUACUGGAACUUCCCAAGCUGACUGUGCUAUACUUAUCAUUGACUCCACCACUGGAGGUUUUGAGGCGGGUAUUUCCAAGGAUGGUCAAACCCGUGAGCAUGCACUUCUUGCUUUCACCCUUGGUGUGAGGCAAAUGAUUUGCUGCUGCAACAAGAUGGAUGCCACAACCCCCAAAUAUUCGAAAGCUAGGUAUGAUGAAAUUGUGAAAGAGGUCUCUUCGUACCUCAAGAAGGUUGGUUACAACCCAGACAAAAUCCCAUUCGUACCCAUUUCCGGGUUUGAGGGUGACAAUAUGAUAGAGAGGUCUACCAACGUUGACUGGUACAAGGGACCAACACUUCUUGAGGCCCUUGACUUGAUCAACGAGCCAAAGAGGCCAUCAGACAAGCCCCUCCGUCUUCCUCUCCAGGAUGUCUACAAGAUUGGAGGUAUUGGAACUGUGCCUGUGGGACGUGUCGAGACUGGUAUCCUAAAGCCUGGUAUGGUUGUUACCUUCGGUCCUACUGGCCUGACCACUGAAGUUAAGUCAGUUGAGAUGCACCAUGAGUCUCUUCCAGAGGCUCUUCCUGGUGACAAUGUGGGUUUUAAUGUGAAGAAUGUUGCUGUCAAGGAUCUCAAGCGUGGCUACGUGGCUUCAGACUCUAAGAACGACCCUGCUAAGGAAGCAGCAAAUUUCACUGCACAGGUCAUUAUUAUGAACCAUCCUGGACAGAUUGGAAAUGGUUAUGCCCCUGUGCUGGACUGCCACACCUCUCACAUUGCUGUUAAGUUUUCUGAGCUAAUGACCAAGAUUGAUAGACGUUCAGGUAAGGAGCUCGAGAAAGAGCCUAAGUUUUUGAAGAAUGGGGAUGCUGGUAUGGUGAAGAUGAUUCCCACCAAGCCCAUGGUAGUGGAAACUUUUGCCGAGUACUCACCGCUUGGUCGCUUUGCCGUUAGAGACAUGAGGCAGACUGUUGCCGUGGGUGUCAUCAAGAAUGUCGAGAAGAAAGAACCCACUGGUGCUAAGGUCACCAAAGCUGCUCAGAAGAAGAAAUGACCCGUUUUUGUAUUGUUCGCAGUACAUGAGCAUUCCAAAGCUGAUUAUUAUAAAGAUUACGCGAUGUAUGUUAUUAGUAUCUCUGUUGUACGCUUACGUCUUCAUUUGGUGUAUUUUAGUCUAGCCUUGUCCCCGACGUCCAGUGCACAUUCACAGAAUUGGGUGCUUGAUCGUCGGUGGUAAGGUUUUGAACUUGUUUGUGUAUUUUAUUCAUAAAUAUACCGAGUAUACAGUAUGUAUACUCUAUACUACAA